AUGUUGAACAUUGGUGAUUUGGACGAAGGAACGGGCAGAACAAAGAUUAAAAACAAGGAUAAAGAUCGAAGAUUAGAAACUGAAAAAGAACUGAAAAAAACCUCGUGCAUUCAUUCGUAUAUACCUCCUCGUGUGGUCGCUGCCGCAUGUGUGUCCGUCCAUCUGCCUUCAUCCGUAGUGCACGCCGGACGCGGUACUGGUGUACGCGGAUGGACGUAUUCAUCACCGUACAACGCGAGUCUCGUCAUUCGCAUCGUGCUCAGCGAUAAGUUGGAUUACAGUGCGGAUAGGAGAGGAAACGACGACGGCUUGAAAGGGGGCACCUGGGGGUGUUUGCCUCUUCGCUCGACUGGAUCCGUUUCGACAGUGGCGAAUGUUCACGCGGAUACAUUCGACGAUUGUUAUCAUGCCUCGGACGUAGUCCCGUCGACUCCGACUGACAACUUUGUGUAUCCCGCGUAUAUACGUUUGUUGGGAACCAAAGUCGAGUGUGUGUUCCCUCUUUCCGCGUACACCCGCUGUACAACUCUGUUCCUCUGUACUACGAAUUGUGCCGGCAUUUUCUUUCUUGACACGUCUACGUCAUCGUUACCGUCGUCGAGGGUGCUCCAGGUUACUUUUUUGCGAAACAUUAGACAACCGGUGCAUUAUUGUUCUCUCGCGAUCGCCAAUCACGGAUCGGGAGCGAUGUCCCGCGAACAUGACAAACUGAACAGAACAGAUAGACACGAAUAUAUCCAGUUAUAUUCCCAGAUGUAAUAUAUUAACAUCCCGAAGAAAUU